AUGUCAACCAUUUCCGUACUCCAAACUCGGCUCAAAGAACUAUCUGCUGCUCUCACUCAAAUACAACCACUUGUUUCUCGGCUACACACCUUUAGCGUGACUGUUGGACAGGGGGAUGAAGCUCGACUCGAGCUUGGAGGAGAAAUCCAUUCCCGACUGAAGGAUGCUGAGGAUGAGUUGGAAUUAUUAAAGGACGAUGUCGACGCUCUAGAAACGCAAACAGACUCUAGAAGAAAGGGUAUGGAUUCCGAAAAGGAGACGGAGAAGGAACGGGCUGUUGCGCUAGCUCGACGGCUGGCGAAUGAUUUGAAAAAGACGCGAGGCGACUUCCGCAACGCGCAAUUACAAGCGAAGCGGAAUGCUGAAGUUGCUCGGCGCAAGGAACGGGAACUACUCCUCUCAAGAUCGGAUAGCGUCGAAAGGCGAAACCCAGCAAAAGAGAAGCUGACGCAGGAUGAUAUUGUCAAGAAUGCCUCGCAAGAUGUCACCACGGCGUUGAGGCGAACGCACCAUCUUAUGCAGGCUGAGCUUUCUCGGAGCCAGUUCGCACAGGAGACUUUAGAACAAUCUGGUGCUGCCCUAUCUUCUCUAUCGGAAUCAUAUACUAGCCUUGAUACACUUCUCUCGUCCUCACGCAACCUUGUUGGUUCUCUUCUCCGUUCGCAAAAGUCGGAUACCUGGUAUCUAGAAACGGCGUUCUACAUCCUAAUUGGAACAAUUUCCUGGCUGGUAUUUCGAAGGCUCCUGUAUGGGCCGCUUUGGUGGGUAGUAUGGAUGCCAUUCAAACUGAUCCUGCGAGUCGUUUUUGGUCUUUCGGGGGCUGUAGGAAUCACUAGCAAAGCUGUUGAGUCUUCAGCGACUACUAGUACGACUGACAUGUUGAUCCAGGAAACACCAGCUUUAAGUCAUGUACCAGAAGCCAAGGCCCAUGGCGCUGGAAGAGAUAACGUUCCCGACCAGGUCCCAGGAAUGGAAUCGGCGGACCGAGACUGGAUAAUCGAUAAAAUUGGCGAAAUAGUGGAGGAUAAUGUGGAACAAGCAAACCUGGACGAUUUUACCUCGGAGGAGCUGCAGGGAGAGGCGGAGAUACCUUCGAAUACCAAGAAGAGGAUGUUUGAAGCGACCCCGGAGGCAGUGCAGCGCCCACGGGAUGAAUUAUAG